CGCAAGACAGUCGCGUAGUUCCGUUCGCCGGCGCGAGUACACCUCGCGUCCUCCGUGCCUUCUCCGCGCCGCGCGAGGUCGAGUCGACACGACGAUGCGUCCGCGAUCGUAGGGCUGUCCCUUGGUGCCGAACGCGGAGGCGCAGGAGUCGCGAGGAGUAAGAGGGUAGAAGCGGACGAGCGGAGGUGAAGAGGGAUAUUUUAUAUAAUAUGAGGCUCCUCUGCGUGGCGAUUGCCAUCGCGAGUGUAGCGUUCCUCUCGACAAUCGUCUCAGGCGGCGCGCGUGGCGCUCGGGGCAGCAAAGUGUCGAAGCGGGCGAAGCCCCUCGAUCCCGACGAGGACGACUAUUACUACGAUGAUCCCGUGGACGAGAGGAACAAUCCGACGAACGAGGCGCCGGCCGUGCCGCCCGGAUUCCUGAGCCCGUCCGUGCGGGAGUACCUCGAUCUUGGUAAAUCGAUACCCGGUACGUAAACAAGAUCAUCUCGCGCAAAGUUGUCCCUUUGUGAGCCGCUUGUCGGCCCGGGGGCCGAUCCCCGGUCAACGUGCAACAGAGUCUCGCUCCUUUCCGCCCCACUUGCUCCAUUUCUCUGUGUGUGUGUGUACAGCUUCCGGGAUACAUCCUUACUCCGCUCCGCUUCAUUCACCCUCUUCUUCCCAUUCUUCCAGGCGGCGCAUCGCCUUCCCGCCGCCCUUCCUUCCGCACCGAGCACUCUUUUGAAAUCGAGAGUGGACGCGCGUCGCGUAAGAGCCGGCCGAUCAUUAUUUCUCGCUCGCGAGAAAUAGAGUACGACAAUUUUUGUGCACGCAGACAAGUCGGGCUCGCGAGCGAGCGAUUUCGUCGGGUAAGGGGAAAUAAUGAGGAAAUGGAGAAAGCAGGGGAUAUGAUGAAAUAAAGGAGACAAGUCGAUUGCGUAGGCGCUCCUCCGUCGAACGCGUCUUCCGUAUUCCCGGGCAGAAAACAUUUCACGCUCGACGGUGCCAGACUGCGAGAAAUGUCAGGAACGCGGGGAGUUACGCGCGGAAUUGACCCUUUACUUUAAAGUACCGUCUGCGACCAUUUCGCUUUAUUCAUAAGGACGGGGAGAACGCGCGCCGAAUCCGCGGGAAAUACGCAACUGUAUAUAACGCUUGAGUAAUCUAAUACAUUCGUGGAAUCGUCAUUUCCGAGCGGAAAGUUUCGCGCGGAAAGAUAUGCAUCCCGGAGGAAAGUUUCAUUAAUCUUGAUCUACUUGCACACAAUGCUGAUACAAAGCCUGACGAAGUAUACAAGGUGGCCCAAGAUGCGUGGAUGGUAAUUCAGAGAGAGCCAUUCGCUGAAAUAAAUCUCGAGACCGAUGUUCCUCUCAGAAUAAAACUAUCGGGACACCAAUAGUUUUCGUUUUCAAUCUACGACGGUCGGUUUUCACAUACAGCUUCGAUAUAAAAAUUAAUUGUAAAGAUAUUUAUCCCAAUUUCGUCGCAAUGUGACUUUCGCGAAAUCACUCUAGACCGUUUAUUGCGAUAAAUAUUA